AGUGAUACACAAGCAGGCUCUGCGAACUGUCCACCAAGAUGGGAGAGAAUGUUGGUCAUUCCCAACCCGUUCGAGAUCACGACUAUGUGUUGGCUGACGUCCAGCUCAUUCUUGGUGGGUGGCGAGUUCUUGGCUUUGUGGAAGAUCGAUGUUGAACAGAUACGCAAGAACAAUGCGAUCGCAAAGAAUCAAGAGGCCGCUGUCACAACCGGCCAGAUCUCGACGAGGACUGCCCACGAUGCGUUGCGCAUGGGAGCUCGCGAGCAAAAGAUCUUCAAGAAGCAGGCACAGAUCAUAUGGCGCACAGACUGCUCACAGCCAAUCUACUACUCGGCUGCGGCACCCGAUGGAAAGAUGUUCGCCACGGCGGGCAAGUGCGACAGGAUGCUCAAGGUCUGGUACGUUCAGCCCAAGGUGGUCUCGCGCACUCAGACCACCACUGUGGAGGAGGCACCGGCAGCACCCGUGGAGGUGAAACGCGCCAAGGGCUACUUCAAGGACGAGUUCAACAAGCUCACAAGCAAAGAGCCAAAGUACACGCUAAAGAAGCCGGCGCUGGACGCCCCGACCGAUGGUUCGGCAUCGCCCUCGCUCGUCUCUUCGUCGCCUGCCGUGCCCAGGCUGUCCCAGCUCAAGAAGGCCAAGAAGAUCGAGUUUGAGUCCUAUGGAUUCAUAUACUUGCCACAUCCACGAUCAGUGUCGUGGAUCUCAUGGCGCGUCCGUGGUGGUCCAGCGGCCCCCACAAACAUUCUGCUGACCAAUUGCAAGGAUGGCGUCGUACGUCUCUGGCAGCAGUCACGCCAAUCGCAGCGUCUUCAGUUCAAUGUGUCAAACAUCAUCUCGGCCGGCUCCGAGUCUGUCGACUGGGUGUUCCCAUUGACCUCAUCUCACUCAUCAAGUACAAGUGGCGAAUCUUCGUCGUCGUCGUCACAGGAAAGCGGCAACACAUCAUCGACAACCGCCAGCAACACAACUUCCAGCACAACCACCACCAACAACAAUGAUGACAACGCAGAACACUCCAACCAAUUACUCACAGAUUUGAAGAACCCAGUUGUGCUGCGACAGAAGGAUAUACAGUUGGUCAAGUCAAAGCCCGUGCACGAUUACAUCCUCUCGAUGAAGCCCAAUGGCACGCUCGUCGUGUGGAAGCUCAAGACUGAUGAUUCAGCCAGUCGCCAGACCUCGUCCGUUCAGAUCUGGAUCAACUCACAGAUCCUGUCGCCUCAAGAGAUUGGACCCAACCGCAUCAUUGCCCUCUAUCAACCCGUUUCCAACUCUGACAACACACCAUCCUCCAUUACCAUCUGUGUCAACUCAUUCACCGGCGCCAUCUCCUGUCGCAAGUUCUUUGUUCAAACUCAUCAAUCACAGAUCGCAACGACAUCCCCAACAUCUAGAUGCUCAGGACAUAGGGCAGCGAUCAAGAAGGUCAACGUGUCGCUGUCAUCGCCAUAUCUUUCAUCAAUUGAUCGUGACAACAAUACUAUACUAUGGCAUACAACAUCAGAUUCUAGCAGGAUACAGUCAAACUAUCGACUUAUGGAUAUUGGCACGCUUGGCAACACAGUCAGCUCGCUCACAUGGUCGCCCAACCACAACUUUGUCUUUGCGGCCAGCCCCGAGGGCAUCAUGGUGUACCAGGUCGAUAGCCACGACCACAACAACAGACCUCUCAAGCUGCCCAUUGGUGUGAUUGAACACUCGAGCUUUGCCAACGCCGCUGAGUACAUCGACGAGGUGCAUGUCGUCGAGCCGCAGCGCAAUCUCUAUCCACCCGAGCUCCAAAUGCAUCAGUAUCUGGUGGUGGGUCUUAGCAAGGACGGCGACCGACUCUACGUGUGGGGCGUCUCAAUUGAUCGUCAGUCCAGCCAUCACAAGAAUGCUGCGUUAGCCGUGGAGCAGCCAAAGAAUGGUGACUGGCGCCAAUCUGUAUCAGGUCUGGCAUCCUCUGCCGCCAUCCCCGCAAUACAGGAGGCCACCGCUGGUAACGUGUCGCCCAGCACCCCGCCCUCGCUCAUCUCCUCCAAGCUGCUGGCUGUCAAAGAGUUUGACACUCGCAUCUCAUGCAUCUGUGGCGCAACCAAGGGCAUCUCCAACGGUGUCUCCACCAAGCCUCUUUACGAGAACGUCGCUGUGGACGAAACAGACACGACAUCAAAACCCAUGGGCUUCGAGACAAUGCUCUCACAUCCAAUCUGCAUCACUGGCAAUGUGGAGGGCAGCAUCUCUCUGUGGUCACUCACGCCACAGACCAAUCCAGAGGACACCGAGACCAACCAGCCGCAGUGGCGUCUCACCGAGGCUUGCAGCUAUGAUGCCUACCAGCAUCCAGUCGUCAGUGUCAAGCCUGCUUACUUUGGUCGCUUUGCCACCACUCCUUUCACCAACGGCAACCCAGAGAUACACAUCUGGGAGCUCGAGUCCAACACACCCAAGCUACAACUGGAGGAGACUAUCCGCUUUGGCGACUUUGAUGUUGUCAACGCUGGCAACACAAACAACAACGCUACAUCACUCAGCAACACACUGGAGAUACAUGGUGGCGAGGAGAUUGGUAGCGGUGCAUGCUGCUUCAGCUUUGCCCACUUUGAGGAUGGCUCCGCCAGUGUGGUCGUGGGAUACCGUAACCAGGUGCGCGUACUCCGCAAGCCUGUAGACAGGAUGAUCGGCUCAUACAAGAUGCCCUGGGUCGAGACACAUCGCUUCACUUCGGAGCUGACCUCACCAAUCCAAUGCGUUGAGUGGGGCCGUGACCUCGAAGUGUUUGCCGCCACAGGCAACCAGAUUGUGGUCUUCUCAAAGUGGAUCAAGCCCAACCAGCAGCUGCUCUCAAUGCAGGAGACGCCCAUCUCUGUCGAGACGGUCCAUCACCGCCACUCACACCUCAACAGAGCCCUGCCAUACUAUCACCCCAAGGUGCUCACUGAGUACAUGAUGGCAGGCAAGUUUGACAAGGUGGAGAAGAUACUCAAGUUCGUCUCGAGCUACCUUAUCGAGAAGUACUCGCUGGAUGACGACGAGGAUGCCGACGCGGACGAUCUUCCAACUUUGCCCAUCCAUCUGCCUCAGAUGAAGAUUGAGGAGAUACUAUUUGAUGCGGCGCCAACCGAGGUCAACAAGAAGGCGGGCUGCGAAGACGACAUUGAUCGUAUCAACAGCAACUACUUUGACAAGGAAGAGAAGAGCAGCAACAAUGAGGAUGGCGACGACAACGACAGCAACACUUCCACAUUGGACGACGCCAACAUAUUCACAAAGCGACAGGCGACCAAGAUGAAUGAGAUUCUCUCCAGGAUCAAGCUGGCUGGCCUGUUGAACAGCGAGCAGAUCCAAUUGCUUGCACUCUCAGAUACAUAUGGCCAGAUUGGCGAGAUGCGUGGAGGCCUUGACGAGAACGGCUCCAGGUUCCUGCUGCUGGUCAAGAUCUUCCAGUUCCUUCGCGCCUCUAUGAAUCCAGCAGACCGUCCUCUAUCAUUGAGCGCGUCUGAGAUGCUCUGGGCCCUGCACUCGGAGGCCCAGGAGACCAUCCUAAAGAGUUGCUUCCCUUCCGAACCAUUGUGGGAGGAUCUUCGACAGCUUGGCGCAGGUCUCUGGAUCAAGAGUCCAAACACACUGCGCUCGACAAUCGAGCAGCUGGCCAAGACAACAUACAUGAUCAACAAGGAUGCGUGUGAUUGUGCGCUCUACUACAUCGCACUCAACAAGAAAGGAUCACUGAUCGCGCUGCACAGAGCCACCAAAGAUGUCAAGCGUGUUGAGUUCCUGCAGCAGGACUUUACCCAGCAGAAGAGUAUCAACGCUGCAGCCAAGAGUGCCUUCUUGUUGCAAUCCAAGCACAAGUACGACCUGGCCGCAUCGAUGUUCUUGCUGGCGGGCGAUCUGAAGCAGGCGAUCAACUUGAUCCUUCAGGUCAAGGGCGAUUUCCAGCUUGCCUACGUCGUCGCCAGACUGUUUGAAGGCGACAAUGGCCCCACGGGCAACAUGAUCCUGCACGACCAUGUCAUCCCGCACGCCAAGAAGACUGGCGACCGCUGUCUCUUGAGCAUCGCCAACUGGCUCACCAAGAAGUACGAGGACUCGCUCAAGGUCCUCCUGCCAGGCUCUUCCAUCGAGGACGGCAACAAGAGGCUGGACUCUGAGCUCGCCUCUCCAUCGAUCUCACUCACCAGCUCGCGAUCAUCACUUACGGCCAGCUCUCGUACGUCCACUAUCUCAUCGCCACCCACCAACAUCAAACAGACCGUGGUCAACAUCUCCACGCAUCUCAAGACGUCAGACAUGGGCCCCUCGGUGCUCUACUUCUUCCGCUUCCUCAAGAACCACGUGCUUCUCAAACAGGUGUCUGAGGAGAAGAAGAAGGACGCACCAUUCCUGCGCAACAGUGUAUUUUCUUAUCUGAAUAGUGGCUGCUCCUAUCUCGCACUGGAACAUAUUGGCGCGCUGGAGGAGUCGCACCCCAAGCUUGUGGCGCCCACCAUUGAGGAUGAGCCAGUGGAGGCACAGGUGGUGCCGGCAAUCGCACAGCCCAAGGAGGAAAAGAAUGACUCUUUCGAUCUCGGACGCUCCAGCAACAUUGACAUGGGUUUGGACUUUGGCGGCGGCAGCUCUCGCUUCGGUUCUAGCAACAACAACGACAUGGGCUUGGAUCUCGACUUUGGAGGCGGCAGCUCACGCUUCAGCUCCAGCAACAACAAUGACAUGGGCUUGGACUUUGGAGGCGGCAGUAACAACAACAACGCAUCCAGUGACCUCGGCCUGGACUUUGGCGGCGGCGGCUCUCGCUUUGCCCCCUCCAACGACAUGGGCCUGGACUUUGGACCAUCGACAACUGCUUCAUCCAACUUUAACGAUAUGGGCUUGGACUUUGGCAGCAGCACAGGCACAGCCGGCAAGAGGAUCGUCAUGGAGGAGGUGGUCGAGCUGUACAAGGACAGCGACCUGCUGCAGUCCUUCUGUUUGGACACCACAAGUCCAGACAUCCCCGUCGUGGCCGUGGCCACUACACGAGGAAUCCGUGAGAUUGACCUCAAGCAAAAGAACGAAUCAUCUCGCGACGACUUUGAGAUGGACUCUGUUGGCGGAGCUGACACCUUCCUCUCCCCAGCCACCAUGUCCAAGAAGAUCCGAGUAUCCUCCAAGUCAGUCUCACGUCUCAACCUAAAGAACAAGACCAAUGUGUUCAAGAAUGCCAUUUCAUCGCUAAACUUAUCCAAGCAAAUGGAUCACAACAUCAUUGUACAAUGCUUGGAGUCACAUCCAGACAGCUCAUAUUAUGUAUCUGGAGGUAUUGAUGGAAGUGUGUGUCUAUGGCAGUUUGGAAUGCCAGACGUGUUGACAGCAUAUCAGUUGCCGACCAAGCCAAAGAUUGUCAGAUGCCGAUUCAACCAGAGUGGCUCCAAGUUUGGUGCCUGCGAUAUAUCUGGCAAUGUCAUGCUCUGGCAAUUUGGAGGUGAUGAGGAGACCAUCAGACCAUUCUAUACUCUACAAGCACACUCGAAACAAUGCCUGGACUUUACAUUCCUCAAUGCUGGAAGUUUGUUGGCCACUGCUGGUAUUAGUGUUGAUGGCAAGAAGGACGUCUGUCUCUGGGAUGUACUGUUGCCACCAAGCAAAUCACUCAUAACAUCAUUCACCAAUCAAGAGAGUGGCGCAUCAUCCAUCGCCUACACUCCAAAGAAUCAUACAUUGAUCGUUGGUGGAAAGAAGGGUUCAUUGACCAUAUAUGAUAUAAGGACUAAUAGGACAUUGGACAGCUUCAAGGCACAUUCAUUGAACACCAAGUCAAUAUCGGUGGAUGUAACAGAGGAGUUUGCAUUCACUGGAUCGAGCGAUGGUAAUAUCAAGGCAUGGUCACUUCCAUCCAUGACCAAUCUAGACACUAUCGAGGAUGCACACAAGAAACAGACCUUUGUCGGACCUCCAAGUGUCUUUAAGAGCCUUGUGAGCACGUAUGGUGUGAUCCAAGUGCGCGCGGAGAACAAUCACAUCUACUCCUGUGGAUCAGAUGGCAGGUUGACAAAGAGGAAGUUUGUGUAUAAU